UCCGCUUCCGGCAGCGGAGGCUGCAGCCUCGCUCUGGUCCCUGCGGCUGGCGGCCGAGCCGUGUGUCUCCUCCUCCGCCGCCGCCAUAUUGUCUGUGUGAGGAUAGGGGAGCGCGGCUGCUGCCGCUGCCGCUUCCACCGCAGGUACCGUGGGAGCCGCGGGCCGAGGUCAUCGGGGCGCGCGGUUUGAAGAGAAGAGGUCUGAAACAAGGUCUUACCCACACCUGCUUCUGAACACGGUGACUGCCAGAUCCUCAAACAUCAAGUUCAGCUUUGUCCGUCAACCUGUCUGACAUGUCGGGACCCGUGCCAAGCAGGGCCAGAGUUUACACAGAUGUUAACACGCACAGACCCCGAGAAUACUGGGAUUAUGAGUCACAUGUGGUGGAAUGGGGAAAUCAAGAUGACUACCAGCUUGUUCGAAAAUUAGGCAGAGGCAAAUACAGUGAAGUAUUUGAAGCCAUCAACAUCACAAAUAAUGAAAAGGUUGUUGUUAAAAUUCUCAAGCCAGUAAAAAAGAAGAAAAUUAAGCGUGAAAUAAAGAUUUUGGAGAAUUUGAGAGGUGGUCCCAACAUCAUCACACUUGCAGACAUUGUGAAAGACCCUGUGUCACGAACCCCUGCCUUGGUUUUUGAACAUGUAAACAACACAGACUUCAAGCAAUUGUACCAGACGUUAACAGACUAUGACAUCCGAUUUUACAUGUAUGAAAUUUUGAAAGCCCUGGAUUAUUGUCACAGCAUGGGGAUUAUGCACAGAGAUGUGAAGCCCCAUAAUGUGAUGAUUGAUCAUGAGCACAGAAAGCUCCGGCUAAUAGACUGGGGUUUAGCUGAGUUUUACCAUCCUGGCCAAGAAUAUAAUGUCCGGGUUGCUUCCCGAUACUUCAAAGGUCCAGAGCUGCUUGUAGAUUAUCAGAUGUAUGAUUAUAGUUUGGAUAUGUGGAGCUUGGGUUGUAUGCUGGCGAGUAUGAUCUUCCGGAAGGAGCCAUUUUUCCAUGGACAUGACAAUUAUGAUCAGUUGGUGAGGAUAGCCAAGGUCCUGGGAACAGAAGACUUAUAUGACUAUAUUGACAAGUACAACAUUGAAUUAGAUCCACGUUUCAACGAUAUCUUGGGCAGACACUCUCGUAAGCGAUGGGAACGCUUUGUACACAGUGAAAACCAGCACCUUGUCAGCCCUGAGGCCUUGGAUUUUCUGGACAAGCUGCUGCGAUAUGACCACCAGUCACGGCUCACUGCAAGAGAGGCCAUGGAGCACCCUUACUUCUACACUGUUGUGAAGGACCAGGCUCGCAUGAGUUCGUCUAGCAUGGCAGGGGGCAGUACACCUGUCAGCAGCGCCAAUAUGAUGUCAGGGAUUACUUCAGUGCCAACCCCUUCACCCCUUGGACCUCUGGCAGGCUCACCAGUGAUAGCUGCUGCCAACUCACUUGGGAUACCUGUUCCAGCUGCCGCUGGCGCUCAGCAGUAAUGACCCCAUCUAUCUCCUGAUGCCUGAGCAGAGGUGGGGGAAGUCCACCCUCUCCUUGAUGCAGCUUGCGCCUGGUUGGGAGGGGUGAGAACACUUCAGAAGCACCGCGUCUGAACCGUUGCUUGUGGAUUUAGUAGUUGAGUCAUAAAAAAAAUUAUAAUAGGCUGAUUUUCUUUCUUUUCUUUUUUUUCUUUUUUUUUUUUUUUU